ACGGACAGGGUGGUGGGAGCGGUGGCGGCGGCGGUGGCGACGGCUGUGUCGGCGGCGGGCCGCCGCGAGCAGCGAGCUUCGCUCACCAGUAGCGUACGGCAGGCUAUCGCGCGAGUGUUGGGUUCGGGUGGCGUGCCGGCGAUGCUCUGAUGCGGUUGGAUCGUCGCUGGUCGCUUUGUCGGCGCGUCGAGUGCAACGCUGAGCGGUCGCUGCCGUUGUUCGAGCGCGCUCGCGGCGACGACGAGGAUGGCCGCGCGAUGAAGCCUCGCCACGCCGUGACAAGACCGAACGAUGCUCAAGUUCGGCAGCAAGAGCGACGUCAACUCGGCGCUGCGCGCCACUAUUCGCCUGCUCGACGACGCCGAAAUACUACAGUGUGACUUUCAGCCUAAUCACAAAGGAAAGUACAUACUGGAUUACGUGUGCAAGGAGCUUAAUAUCUUAGAGACGGAUUACUUUGGUCUUAGAUACGUCGACGGCAGUAGGCAGAGGCAUUGGCUCGACCUAGCUAAAACAGCGAUCAAGCAAGUCAAAGAUAUGGAUCCAAUCCUGUUCAGUUUCCGCGUGAAAUUCUAUCCGCCGGAUCCAAUGCGACUCAAGGAAGAGAUCACGCGCUACCAAGUCUAUCAGCAGCUGAAGAGGGAUCUGCUCCACGGUCGGCUCUACUGCAGUCCUGGCGAAGCUGCCCUGCUCGCCGCUUGCAUCAUACAAAGCGAGUUGGGCGAUUACAAUCCGGAUCUGCAUCAAGGCAACUACAUGUCCGAGCACAAGCUGCUGCUGAAGCAAACCGAGGCGAUAGAGGAGAAGGCGCUGGAUCUCCAUCAAAAUCAGCUCAAGGGUUUUAGCGUCGAGCAGGCGGAGACGCACUUUCUCAAGCACGCGUCGCAGCUCGACACCUACGCCGUCGAUCCGCAUCCCGUCAAGGAUCACAAAGGCACCCCAUUGUACCUGGGCAUCAAUCAUCACGGGAUCCUAACGUUCCAGGGAUCUCGUAAAACCAACCACUUCCGCUGGCCGGAAGUGCAGAAAAUCAAUUUCGAGGGCAAGAUGUUCAUUGUUCAUCUGACGAUAACCGAGGACAUGAGGACAAAGAAAAAGCACACCGUCGGGUUUAAGUGUCCCACGGGUUCGAACUGCCGCCACGUCUGGAGAUGCGCCAUCGAGCAAAUGCUCUUCUUCACGCUGCCACGUGCCAAGGACGCGCCGGUGAUGUCUGGCGGUUCGAUAUUCUCGUGGGGCACAAAGUUCAAGUAUACCGGGCGCACGGAGCGCGAGGUGCUUGAGCAGACGGGUCCACUGAGGAAGGAGGAUCCACCGCCGAUUCAGCGCUGCCAUUCCACUGGUCUCCGAAGGAAAGCCAGCAGCGUUCCUGCUACCCCCAGCACACCCAGUCAGGAUCUUGUUGAGAUUCGGUAUUCGAGUUUGCCACGGAGUUGUCACAGCGCGGGCCUCGACGGCGCUGGCAUGUCCGACAUCGGCGGUGGCAUGCCACUCAGCUCGCCUUACUGCCCCGACAACACUCUACCCUUACUCGAGACCGUCUCCGAGGACCAGGAGAUACACGCCAGGAGGAACAAUGCUUUAGACGAUACGAAUGCGCAUGCGAGUGCCACCACCACAAGUACAACCUGUAACACGACCACCACGAACGCCACCACAACCACCACGACCUCGUCCUCGACCUCGAGUCUCGUCACCACGACAAUAAAAAUGCCAAUAAAAUUCCCAAUGUGCACGCGUCCGCUACAAGCUCUCUAUAGUCAGAGAAUCGUGAUAGGCUCGGAGGAAUUGAACGACGGCCGGGAUAUCGGUAGCGUGGUGCGCCAGAAAAUGUGCGACGUGCUCGACUCGAAAAACCCCAAAAUCGUCAGGACCACGGCCAUCAUCUUGAGGCGCUCGUUCGCACCUGCCAAAGCCCGCGUCCGAGCGCCUCCUGCCGCCGCCGACGCCAGCGCCGCCGCCGACGCCGACGCCGCCGCCGCCGCCGAGCGAGCGCCGUUGCCCAACGGCGACGUCAGGACGAGGCUGACCCGCAGGCUGAGCAGGCCCGCGACGGACACUGACCAUGUCGACGGUACAGUAAUGCCGCACGAUUUCGACAACGACUACUACUUCCGCGACUCGUUCGAUCACUCGUCCUCGGAGUCGCAGCUGCUCGACACAGGCAGCUUGGGCACCAAAAUCGGCCCCCACGGCAGCAGUCAUUCUAUCACCCCCGUGCCCAAAAUGCAGCGCUUGCAGAACUCGAAAAUCGGCACCGUCAUCCAGGCGACUCCGUCGUCGUUGGCGAACGCGACGGCAGCGCUGCCGUCGACGUCGCGCCACCGCACCGCCAUACCUGCGACGACCAGUGUGGCCGGCAACACGCGCCUGCGAAUGCGCACUGUACGCUUCGUCAAACUGUUCAUACCGGCGCUCAUGCUGACUAUCACUGUGCUGUUCAUCGUCACGGUUCUGGUGUUUGAAACGGACUCCAAGUUGUUCGAGGGUUUAAGAAAGACCCCGGAAAUGGUGGCGCUGAGGUCGCAGUACUACGCGCCCAUUAAGAACUUUCUCAGGACCAAGCUAGGCCUCUUUUGAUUACAAUGGCUCGAGGAGGGCCAUGCUACUGCGUCGUCGUUGCUCGUCACGUAGACCAUUAUUGCCUGCCUUGCCUUUGAAUUCUCGCUUUCGUUACCAUCUCGAUUUAUUCGACGUCUAUUUCGGCUCAGGCUACUCCAUCUUGCUUUCUAAAUUUUUCGAAUCGUCAUUUCAUUUAUCAUCCGAACAUAUGACAAAUUAGCUUACUAGUAGUUGUUAGUAGAUUUAUUCGAUUCUAUUUGUAGCGUCUGUAAAAAGCCACGAGCAUCGUGUCUUUCACAGCUGGUUGCCCUUCAUUGGGCAGAUUAUUAUUUAAACAAAAAUUGAUUUCUCGAUAUUUAGCUCAACGCUGACACAACGCAGACAAAGAAUCGUUGGUUGGAAACUCGAACGAAUCACAAAUUGUUGAUUAGUAAAGGUCUUGAAUGGUGUCUUCGACCUAGAAUCGAUUGAUAUAUUUCAAAUGUUGAAACUUGCAAAUAGGUAGGCGUAUAGGUCUACUGUUUCGAUUGAAAGUGUUUAGAAACGUAAAGGAACCUAUAAUGCGUAAGUAAAAUAUGCAAUGCAUUCAAUGCAAAUUUCUCGGCAUUAUUUUUUUCAUGAGUAUCUUUGAUUCAUCGAUAUUAUUUUAAUGCUUGUAAUUACCGUUCAAACUUGUCAAUUUUUUGAAUGAUAGCGGCUGAACAUUUGAGAACUUUUACAUUAGAAGUUUGUAUUCGAAACGCGCGUUUCGAGCAUUUACAUAACUUUCAAAAAAGUUUACUCGAUUUUUUCUCGCAAUAAACAAUCGAAGAGCCGCUUGUACUAUAUUAGCAAACAUAUUUUUCAGCUUUAAUUUUUCAACACCUUCGAGGAGAAAAUUUUUUAAACACUUAUUGCAAACUUAAUUGAUCCAAGUGCCAAUGUGAGGUGAGCAAUGACGAGUAAAAUUACACGAAAGAUUUUAUUUUUCCCUAUUUAAAAAAAUUUCAUUACUUAAACUAUAUUCAUAAUAAAAACAGCCUGAGAAAUCAAAUAUUAAAUAUCUUUUCUUUAGUACGAUUUCAAAUAGUCUUCCGGAGUAAUUGUCAGAAUGAAGAAUCUAUUGCAAAUUUUUUCUGUCUUUAUAUUUUACACUAACUAAACUAAAGGUAAAUAUCAAAAAGAAAAAAAAAAAGUAAAUCAUAUUAACUGGAUGAUAAAAUAUUUCUAUUGCUGCACCAAACUUUGGGCAUGUGUAAUGUACAUACAAUAAUAAUAAACAUAAUAUUGAUAUAUAAAUAUUAGAUCGGUAGAAAAAAUGUUUCCAUUAGUUUCGUUUCUAGAAAAUGAUGCAAAAUAAGUAGGUAAACAAAUCUAUAUAAUCGCAAUGAUCAACGAAGAAGCAAUGCUGGCAUGUGAAUAGUAUACAAAUUUUCUUAUUUCUUGCUCGAUAAUAUUUAUUGUAUACUUCCGUUUUACUCGUCAAAGAGAGUAUUUUUUUCGUUGUAAUAAAAAGAAGUUUAACGAACAAAACUUUGUUGCUCGCUACGGUUUUGCGAAUACCGUUAUUGUACAAAUGGGUAAACUUAUGUUUCCGAACGUCAAGUCGAUUGCGAAUGAAUUGAAGGACAAAACAAUCAAACCAAAUAGUUACAUGAUUUGUUCUACAUUACGUACUUAUGCAUAAAUCAAGUUGAAUUAUCCAUUUUUCCUAAAAGUGCCUAUAAUGCUGUCCUCAUAGACUCUUUGCAACGCAAGCAAAUUAUGUAUGAUAAAGAAAAAUAUUUGAAACGAAACAAAGAGUUAGCACUGGCUAAUUAGCGUGACGAUCAACAAAAACUUCGGUGAGGUUUAUCUCGAUCUGUGUCCGUAUACUUUGAACCGAAAUAAAAGAAUGCUAAACUACGGAUCCCACGUGGUGCCGAAGAUUGAUGAUUGACAACCACUCUGCCCGAUAAAUAAUGCAAUAUUUUGAACACUCAAAUCAGCGCCGAUCUAUGCGUAUACAAAUUGUACAAGAAAGCAUGUUUUUUUUUGUUCUUUGCAAUGCCGCUAUUUCUACUAAUGAUAUAAAAAAAAUAGAAUAUUAUUGUUAUCACGUGCAUUGUGUAUAUUAACGGAAUAAUUUGUAUACUAAUUUUUCGACUGAGAAAGACGUCUCGCGAUUUCGUCACGCGACUGUAUAAAUAAACGGAUGUCAAUUGCAAUAUAUAGCAUAAUAUUAUUAACAUGGAUUAUGUAGAGAGUUAUACAAUUUUAGGAACACAAAGUUAACAAAAGUUCAAAGUCUUAGGAUCAAAACGAACCAUUUGAUUUUUGAAAUUAAUUUUCUUACUGUAACGAAAAAUGAAACGAUCUAAUCACUGAUUCGUAAUCAAAAAUACAUGCGACAUAAAAUGAGAAGUCUAUUGAAUAAUAACAUUAGUUUCACUUUUAUAAAAGAAGACUGAAUAAUUGAGUUAAGAAAUUUUCAAUUGUAUUGCUUAUUAUUCAGCGUCAACUAUUGAGAUAUACGUAGAAAAGAUAAAUGAUCAAAUAAGUUAUAUAAGAGACGAGAAAAGCAUACAAAAACGUGGAUGAGGAAAAUCAAAUAUUAGAUAAAUUUACUGCAUGUAAAACAUAAAGUGAAACAAGCGUAUUGAAACAAGCAUAUAAUAGAAAAUAAAAUGCAAUAGAAAUCACAACGGAUAAUCACAAACUACAAUAGUUUAGUUAAGCUUUGAUAAGAAAAAGUAUUCGUGUGAUCGUUACAUUCUAUUUGUCUUUUAAUUUUUAUUUAGAUUUUAUAAUUUGUAUUGACCUUGAUGAGUUGAUCUUUACUUAAAGACUACGUUAUGUUUGCUGCAGCAAUUAGUUUAAAUGUUUAUUUUUUUUCUUGUACAUAAUAUUUGAAUAACAUAGUAUAUUCUCAUAUAGCAAUUUUCUGCUACUGUAAUUUUCAUUCUAUACCACAUUAUUUCAUAUGGAAUAGAACAAUUAUCUGUAAAUGAUUAGUUAGAGAAAAGUAUUUUAUUUUCUUUAGCAUGUUUCUUUCGAUUAGGUGACAAUUUCUACGAGGCAAUGUUUGUUACUGUAAAUUUUCAAAAGCUAGUACAAAAUGUAUAAUUUUUAGUGUGAAAAUCGUAUUUAAUGUAGUUGCUAUUUAACAUAAAUUUAAUAGGUCGUAAAUAAAAAAACAAAGGUUCUUUGAUGGAUUUUAAUUUUGAAAUUGUAUGAUGUUCUAACAAACGGAAUAAUUCAAAAACUAGUCUCUACGCACUUUAAAGUCUACUCAAGUUAUAAACCGUCUCACUUUAUGCAGGUCGACGUGUAUGCUUUGAUUGACACUUUGGAUUAUGCUAAUAAACGAUAAAAUAUGGGAAAAAAUGUGAAUUUCAACACUGAAUAGAUGUACAUUUACGCCACUUGAUAACUUUUUCAAAAAAUAAAAACAUAAAUAAACCAGUGAUAAUUAUUGCAACAAAAAAAACUAUAAUACGAAGUCCAUAAACACUUUAUAUACCAAAAAGAAACAAUCAUCACUUUUUUAAUGGAUAAUUGUGGGAGUUUUUUGAUGUAUUGCGAUUUAGCACGUAAAUGAGGCUUGUAGUGACAACAAAUGUUCAAUAUUGCGCAAGACGUGCAUCCAUGUACAUUAAUUAAAUGAAAACCAUUUUUUGUAUCAUUGAAAAGAAAAGUUUAGUCGGCAAAAGAGUGAGUGGAUGAUAUGAGAACAAACAAAAACCUGAAACAGUCUAAUUUCCGCUAAUCAAAAUUUAUUUGUCAACCUUUGAACACUUUUGUAAGCUUGUCCAAAUGAAAUCCUAGUCAUGUGUACUUAAAAGAAUAUACGCGGCAAAGGUCAAAACAAAGGAAAAACAACGCGUAAGGUCCAUGAAAUAUUUAAUACCGUCAUUUGCAAAAGAGAAAAAAAAAUGGAAUGUAAAUAUAUAAUGUUUUGUAAUGCAAAAUUUAUUACGAAACUUGGCUUUAACGAAUUGUAUAACUGGCUUAUAUAUUAUAUUAUUAUUAAAAAUACAGUUAAAACAAAAGACAGUUUAUUAUUUUUUCUGCAAUAAUUUAGAAAUCAUUAUUAUACAAUGUACGAAUAUUUUAUUUAUCUGAUUACAGGCUGAAAGAA